UUUAGGUCGUUUUUUAUUUGUAUUAUAUAUAUUAAAAAAUAAUACUAUCACAAUACAAGCUGCUCAUAAAACAGAUGAUUAAUCCAACCUCAUGAUGACACGUGUUAAUCAUAAAAAAACUACCUACAGAAAUAGGACACAUGCUACCCAUGAUGACGGUUGGAUUUACUAAACCACAACUCCAGUUUGGCUGAACUUCUUAAACUGAUUUUUGAAAAAUAAAACGAACAUUCACAAACAUCUAUAAUGAAAAAAAAAAAAAAAAGAUUAUUAAUUUUUUUAAAAACUAAUUGUCAGCAUAUAUUCCAAAAACAAAUAUUUUGAAAAAAAAAAAAAAGAUUUAUUAUAUAUAUAAAGUAAGUAUUUUUCUUCUUUGUGUAGUGUUGCGUUUUAGUUUUGAGUUGUGGAGAAGAGCAGAGAGCAGAGACUAUGGUGUCUCCCAAUCGAAAUCCAGCACAAGGGUUUAGUUACCCUCAUUCAUCCAAUAUGCAUAAUGACUUGCCCGGCAUCAAUUCGAUGCAACCACCGGAAAAUACCAUACCAUCGCCCACUGCUAAUGUGAAUACGACGUCGUUUGAGGUCCCUCCAACCAAGAAGAUCCGAAAACCCUAUACUAUUACCAAGUCCAGGGAGAGUUGGUCGGAACAGGAACAUCAGAAGUUCGUUGAAGCUGUGCAGUUAUUUGGUCGCGACUGGAAAAAGAUUGAAGCAUUCGUUGGUACAAAAACUGCCGUUCAGAUACGUAGCCACGCACAGAAGCACUUUGAGAAAGUUCUGAAAAGUGGGAUAAAAGAGCGUGUACCUCCCCCUAGACCAAAGAAGAAGGCUACUCAUCCAUACCCACAUAAAUCCCCUACAGAUGCUCCAAAUGUUGCUCAGUUCAAUGGGGCUACAAAUGUUACACAGUCCACUGGGGCUUCAUAUUUUACUCAUGCCAAUGGGUUUCCAAUUGUUACUUAUAUGACUGGGUCUCCAACUGUUACUCAAUUCACUGGUGCUCCAACUUUUACAAAUGACAAUGGGGAUCCAGCUAUGUCUCAUUUCGAUUGGACUCCAGCUGUUACACAUGUUGCUGGGUCUCCUAAUGUUACUCAUGAUACCGGGCCAUUUCAUUAUUCUGCUGCUUUGUAUGAACCUGCAUUCUGUAGCCCACAUUCAUCAUCAGCGGUUGUAAAUCCCAUUAACGGUGCUUCAUCGCCUCCUUGGCGAUCAAGUUCUGCACCACCAGUCAUUUUACCACAACUGGAAACAGAUGUUGAGUGGUUAUCUAUCCCUGAACUUGAGGAUAACAGAUGCUAUAAUAGUGAAAGAAGUGAGCCUGUGUUCUACUCCCAGGCCAUGAGAGAUGAUGGGGCGGUAUUUCUCCCUGCAAUUGAAUAUAUCAAUCCCCAUAACAGUAUGACUGAAAGAACUCUAUGGACUGGGCCAGCUAGUGAAAUAAAUCACCAUGAGGUCUACUUCUCACAAGGAAUGAGAGAUUAUGUGCCACUUCUCCCUGCAAUUGCAAAUAACACUCGCGAUAAUAGUAGUACUGAAAGCACUCUAAUGAUUCAGCCAGAUGAUGAAAUAUUUAAUAUUGAGGGCUUCUUGAGAGAUAAUCCAAGUUUUGCUCCAGUGUAUGAAUUCAUUGCCAAUGUCUUGGAAAACCCUAAUGAAGCUGGUCACUUGCAGAGACUGAGACAAAUGGAUCCCACAAGAUUUAGAUCAGCAUUGUUAAUGAUGCAGCGCCUAUCACAAAAUUUACAAGGUCCCAAUUUAGCUAGACUUUGUCAGAUUAUUUCACCCGAUGGUGCUACUGCUAAUGAGGAGAGGGUAAUGCCAUCUGUCUACCCAAAUAACGUCCAAGGGAAUGCCAUUCUAUCUGCUUAGGAAGUCGACCGCAGAUGUUAAUGGCGUCACUCUUUAAGCUUUAUUUGGGAAAGAGGUGUUAGAUGUGUUUGGUAACAACUGCCAAGGCACAGGACACUGUAUAUAGUGUCCGAGUACACACAUGACCAUGUGAAGAAUUAGUCUUAGUCUCUCUAAAGUGAAAGCUUGUCAAUCAAGGUAAAUAUGAUAUGGUAGUUUUUUUUAUCAUUUUUGGUAAGUAGGAAUUUUAGAGGGUUAGUAUUUAGACACUGGAAGUUAACUUCUAAUUUAGUUUAGUUUCAGAUUCAGAGGCUAUUUUGUACAGCGUUAGAGAGUAAUUUAGUGUUUGGCUGUCUAUAUUUUGCAUUAGUUUGCUUUAAUGUUUUGCUACUUUCAGUGACAUUAGAAAAUUGAUCAGUGUGAAUUGCAUUGAGCCAGAAAAAGGUACAAAAAUAAAAACGUUAUUUAUUUUUUUU